CUGGCCAAACAUGUGAAUACGGUUAGGAACUUCCUCCACUGCUUUGGUUUAUUAUGAAGCACUUAACCUUCCACUUAUUCAUACAUCCUUGGAUUAUUAAACCCGUUUUACUUUUGAUAUACAUCCAAAUUUUUACAGGAUCCUCACAAAAAGACCUAGUUCAACCGGAUGAGGCCCAUCUUGAUGGAGUUCCUUUCUUCAUACAGCAUCCAAAGCCAUUGUAUUACACCAUGAAAGGACACCCAGCAACAGUGGAGUGCAUUGCUGAACCGGUUUCCCAUGCUGUGAUUGAAUGCGCUGAAAAGGUUAUACCGUAUAAGGGACCCGAAGAUUCGGGACGAUUACAAGUCACGCGAUUGGACUCGGAAAACAGGGUGGAUCCAAACGGCAAAAGGUGGCGUUUGACAUUACAAGUACGCGCCAAAGAGGUGGAAGAGUGGUUUGACUCAUAUGUAUGUCGGUGUGAAGCUUGGAACAAAGUGUUGGAAUUACAGCGACCAAAAAAGGUUGUCAGUAAAGAGGCUGUGAUCGUUGAAGCCUGUGAGUAACUUGAUAUUUUCUCAACCAUGUGACCAGUAUGAUAGGUAUAUGAGCCAAAUCUAACUACCGCAUGCUUGUAGUCCAUGCAACUUUUAUUUUGCUC